GUUGGACUUGGACUUAGGAGAUUGGGCACCUCGAAUCGUCCACAUCAAUAAACUCUCUUCGGAUCUUGUUUCUCUAUACUUGCUACUGAUUAUAUUGUGUGGAGUGUCGGAAUUGCCGUUGUCUAUCAUUGGUAUCAGAGCACUCUCCUGGCAUCUUCAUUGAUCGUCACAUCUCCGUAGCGGAAGAGGACACUUGGUGAUUCGCGAAGACACGAACGAACGAUCGCUGAGCAGAGCAGAGAACAAAGACGAACAGAACUGGAGGCCUUUGGUUCGCACAGACAUCUGGAGAAGCGUUCGAACCUGGAGAAGCAUUCGAACCUAGAGAUGAAAUCCGCGAUGAAAUCCGCGAUGAAGAACAUCGCUGCAUCCAGGGCGGCGUUAAAUGAACAACUUCAAACCUGGAGAAAAUCGGAAGGGGCAGAAGGUAAUUCCGAUCAGUGUCGCUCCAGAUUCUCUAGUUUGGGUCGCGAUAGCAGUAGAAGAUCUGUUCCGACGAGAAGAAAGGUAGAUUUACCUUUGUUUAACGGUGAAGGAGCCUAUAACUGGAUUAUACAAAUAGAGAGGUAUUUUCGGUUAAAUGACAUUGAAGAGGAAGAGAAGGUUGAAGCUUCUAGGGUUGCUAUGGAAGAUAGGGCUUUGAACUGGUUUCAUUCGUGGGAGUACCGGACUGAAGAAACUAACUGGGACACACUGAAGAAAUCUAUCAUUCGUAGAUUUCAACCUGAGUUGAUUUCUUCUCACAGUUCGAAAUCACGGACUUCAACAUCCGCCAGCGGUUCACGACCAAGUAAAACUCUAUCGAGAGAGGCUUCCCGUUCACAGAUGUCAUCCCAAACCGCUUCAGCGCCUUCACGAACAGUUUUGCUUAAUUUGCAGACCUCAUCUCUGACGCAGUCGCGAACAGUGUCUACCAGUUCACAGGUCUCAGUUCACAGAGCUCAGUGCGCUCAUCUCAGUUCGCAGGACUCACCGCAGGUUUCAUCGCAUAUUUCUGCUUCUCACAGUCCGCAAGUGAAGUCAGUUUCAUUCCCGCAGCAGUCGGUGAGUCAGCUACAACCUAACUCUGAAGAUACACUCAUCAUUGGUGAUGAGGAACGAGGGGAGAGAACUUCUGUGGUGAUUCAGUCCAUUGCCAUGGAAACUGAGAAAAUAGAAGAGGAUGAAUCAAAGUCUGAGAAAAAGGACAAAAUUGAAAUACCAAAUCAAAUUAGAUCUUCUGCAGGGUUUGUUAGUUUGAGCUAUGAUCAAGGUUAUUAUUCUGAGCAUCUGAAAGUUGCUGACAAGGUUGUUGUUGAAAAGCGAAUGCACCGUUCUCCUGUCACCGAAGAAGAAUUUGAGGCCCAUGGGUGUUCUGGGGUGGAUUAUAAACACUUAUUUGGUGGGGUGGUGAUGUACUGGAAUCCUUCUGAAAUGUCUGGGACCAGUUUUUUGCGCACUCCUUCACUUAGUUCAGAUGAUAGUAAAUGGGCAUGGCGAGUGGCAGAUAUGAACAAGGUUGUUGAUGACAGAGUUGACCUUGUUUCCUCUCACAGUAUUUCUUUUUGCUCUUCCUUUGAUCUUUUUGGCUCAGAAAUUAGUGAAUAUGUUAUAUCUGGAAGUAAAGUUCAUACUGGCAAGGUUGCACAGACAACUUGUGUGCAGCAGCAUCCAGAUAUUUCACUUCGGAUACAACCAAUUGAAAUGCUGGAAACACAGAUGCUGGAAGAUGCAAACUUUUGCAACAUAAGAGAACAUUCUGCCUCCAGGACCUUGUUACUACUUGCAGAGAAGAACAUGAAGAUGCAGCUUCAAGUACUGAAGCUAAAGAUCCAGAAUGCAAUGUUGUAUUGGGAAGGAAGAGGUGCUAGAAUGAAGUGCAAGUGGGAGAUCAUGGUUGAUUCCUAUCACCCACCUUGAGGACAAGGUGGUUGUUUAGGGGGAGAGUAUUGUUAGGAAUGGGCCUAUUAUUAGAAAUAAUAAUAAGUGUGCCUAUUAUUGUAGAUAAUAAUAAGUGGGCUUGUAUUAUAAAUAGAAAUACUAUAAAUAGAAGUCUGGAGUCUAAGAAUGCUAGGCUGUCAUUAGGUUGGACUUGGACUUUGGAGAUUGGGCAUCUCGAAUCGUCCAGUGCUUGUAUACGUUCUGUACUUCUUCGUCUACAUCAAUAAACUCUC